UUACACUCUACUCCCUCCCACCCCCUCUGUCUCUCCCUGAUUCCCUCCCAUUCCUCACUGUCUCUUUCUCAUUCUAUUGAGGAGUGCGGCUACAGAGUUUCUCUGUGUGUGAAAGAAUCAAUGUGGGAAGGCAGAAUCUUGCACAGUGCUGCCGGGGAGCUUCUCAAGGGAAAUGCAACUUUUGCAAUACCCUGUCCCACUGUGUCUUGCUGGCUGAAAUGAGCACUGUGAAGGUUUCCUAUUGCCAGGAUCGCAAGGAGCACGCUGUGAGGUAGGCAAGGCUUGUAAAUGGAAACAUGUACAGUCCACACCCGGGCUAGUUCAGUGGGUGGAAGUUUUAUGAAAUUAUGCCCUUUGCUCCCCCUUUGUCUACUUUCAAUGGUGACCAGACCAACCCCCUUUUCAAUUUAUAGGAGAAUGUUUAACCCCUUAAUGACCAAUGGCAUUUCAUGCUAUCACCACAAUCUGAUUCUUAGAGACCCUAUGCCAGCAUGGGAUGUCCUGCUUAUUGCAGCUCUAUAGAGCCUUGGUACCAUGACAUGAUUGACACAUUCCAUUCUGAUAUAGAAUAUUUAAAGGAUGGUUUGUUGUGAUGGAAUGAAACCAGAUCCUUUGCAAUCCUGCAAAAUGAAAUGCAUUAGUGUGGGAGGAUUGUUUGUCUUAUUAAUUGCGAAUUCAUAUACAUUGCAUAUACUCCACCUGAAAAGAAUAUGGUGCAAGUUUGUGAAUUUUAUUUUAUUUUCAUUUUUUUUUUUACAUUUAUUUUUAUUGCUUGGUGUCCAUUUAAAUUGUCACAUCAGAAUAAACCUUAUUGUCAGACUCCCUGAGCAUUAACCAGUGGUUGACUACUAGUAUAAUAACUGACAGAUGCUUCUCGUUUUGUUGUUUUUAUGUUUUAUUUUAUUUUUUGUAUUUUUUUUUAUUUUUGUUUUCUUCCCCCUUUUUAGAUGAUUGCAGUCACCGACCCCGUUGUUUUCCUCUCUCUGCCUGUUUUGACUUGAAAAAAGAUCAUGACUGAAGUCUUUCUCUCAGCUCUUUUGAAUGUUACUCAAAGCACUUUGCUGACAAGUGGAUCAUCUUCUGGGAAUGUCUCAAAAUGCUCACUGACAAAGACAGGCUUUCAGUUCUAUUACCUCCCUGCUGUGUAUAUAGUAGUUUGCAUUACAGGAUUUAUUGGUAAUAGCGUAGCAAUAUGGAUGUUCAUUUUUCAUAUGAAACCAUGGAGCAGUAUUUCAGUCUACAUGUUCAACUUGGCACUUGCGGAUUUUUUAUAUGUACUUUCCCUCCCAGCACUGAUAUUUUACUAUUUUAAUAAAACAGACUGGAUCUUUGGGGAUGCCAUGUGUAAACUGCAAAGAUUUAUUUUCCAUGUUAAUCUUUAUGGAAGCAUCUUGUUCUUGACUUGCAUCAGUGUGCACCGAUACACAGGGGUAGUACAUCCUCUCAAAUCACUUGGGAGGUUGAAGAAGAAAAAUUCCAUCUACAUCAGUGCACUUGUCUGGUUCAUUGUUAUUGCUGGUAUAGCCCCUAUUUUAUUCUUCUCUGGUACUGGCAUCAGAAAAAAUAAAACCAUCACAUGCUUUGAUACAUCUUCUGAUGAUUACUUAAGAAGCUACUUCAUAUACAGCAUGUGCACCACUGUAUUUGGGUUCUGUAUUCCCUUUAUUUUAAUUCUGGGAUGUUAUGGAUUAAUCGUCCGAGCCUUGAUCUAUAAAGAUAUGAAUAAUGCACCUCUGAGGAAGAAAUCUAUUUAUUUGGUUAUUAUUGUGCUGACUGUUUUUGCUGUGUCCUAUCUUCCCUUUCAUGUGAUGAAGAAUCUGAAUCUGCGAGCCAGGCUGGACUUUCAGUCUCCUGAAAUGUGCUUCUUUAAUGACCGGGUUUAUGCCACCUACCAAGUGACUAGGGGUCUUGCUAGUCUUAAUAGCUGUGUAGACCCCAUCCUCUAUUUCUUGGCAGGAGAUACCUUUCGGCGUAAGCUGUCCAGGGCAACGAGGAAAGCCUCUAGAAGAAGUGAAGCGAAUGUGCAAUCUAAGAGUGAGGAGAUGACUCUCAACAUCCUAUCAGAGUAUAAGCAGAAUGGAGACACAAGCUUGUGAAGACAAAGAAGAUGCCUGGAUUGCCCAACAUACCCAGCUCUUAGCACAACGGAAUGCAUCUUGAAUGAAUCUGGAUGUUCCUUGUAAUGAUCUUACGGGUAAAAGGCAAUUGAAAUGCUAAAAUGAGCAGACAAGAACUACUUGUUCUUGAGAAAGCUGAAAGUUCUAUGGCAUUGUGGAGACAUUUGCACUUUCAGAAGCAUCUGCUGAAUCAGAAAUGUGUUUUUCCCUGUACCAUUUCUUUAUCCUCACAAGCUAUACAAUGGUAUUUUUAUUUUUACACAUUAUUCCAGAAUUUACUGUGAAUAAGGUUCUACUACUGCUAAUAAUAAUGGUGAAGGAAUGUAUCUCAAAAAGUUGUAACGUGCUGUUUUAAAGAUAUUUUAAAGUAUUACUAAACUAGGUGAUUUUGUUUCUUGUGAAUCUGCUUUUCUCUUAGCAAUCGACGUUUAAAUUAUUGUACUGAAGAGGUAUUCAUUUUAGAAACAGAGUGUAGGGGUGCAUUUGACAUGCACCUCAUUUACAGCGUUGGGCUGGAUACAUCCAUUUAACAUUACUGUCAUUCUGUCAUUUAGCUGUGUCAGUAAAAAUUAGACAUAUGUGGUGAAAUAUUUUAGCCAAAUUUCAUUAUGUUGAACUGGACAAAUAUUGUUGAAAUAUGUUUUUACUGAUGAUGUCUAUUGUGAACAAAAGGUUACUUACAUGCCUACUUAUCUACGUACCAAUGUCGGGUUUGAUGUGUAUAUGAAUCUCUUGGUACUAAAUAUUAGAAGUCUUUAGUACAAUAUAAGCAAACCAUGAAGAGUUGCACAAAACUAUUACACGUACAAUUAUUUGUGAACCUUUUUCAUGAAGCCAUUCUAGUAGGAAAAAAAAAAGAGGAUUUAUAUUGCGUUUGCAUACUAAAUUCUAAGGGCUUUAACCUUGAAAAAAAAAUGAGAAUUGGUAAAUUUAAUGACAAAAAUAUGCUUUAUUAAUUCAAUAGGUGUUUUUAUGCAAAGGCCUCUCGGCUAAGGAGAGAUUUUUUUUUUCACAGCAGAAUACAAGGGAUUUAACAUGACCUUUCAUAUCUUUUUUUUGACCUGUUUUCACUAACUGCUGAUAGACCCAAUAUGUAUGUAAAACAGCAUAUACUCUGAGCGUUAAGACUUUUACAGCUCAGUACUGAACGUUACAAUAAUUAUUUUUGACAUAUGGCACGAUGCAUCUUGCAUUAAGUCAAAAGAAUAUGAAGGGAUAAAUAUGUGAUUUAUAUGUUAAACGUACUGUGUAUGUUUGGAGUAUAGUAUGUGUUUAAUGCUCAUGUGAAAAAUGUUUAUUUUUGUACCAUUAUCUGUAAUUUAAUAUAGUUCAGUAAAUCAGUUUUACUUGUGAUUAACAGUGCCACUUAAUUGAUUUGCCUAUGGAGACAGUGUUACUUGACAUUUAAGCUUCUCAGGUUUUGUAGAUCGCAAUUAACUAAAUGUGUUUAACUUUCACAAUAAAAGGGUUGUCCAUUUCUAUAAAGCGAUGUGAUGUGUGCAUGCAGGUGUAUAUGUACAGCAUGGUACUAGAUGCUAGUGACUUUACAUCGACAAGGAAACAGCAAUGCAACCACAAGUCUGUCUGGUAUUGUACUUGGCCAUUUAAAACUGAAAGAGACCCAAUAAAACUCUAAACUACUUUUUUUUUGCUGUUUUUUAUGUUAUUAAUCCCAGGAAAAUAAUGACAAGGAUGUACA